AUGGCAUCGGCUGGCUCGAUUGCGAUUGAAACACCAGACAAGAACGGUCUUGUGACUGGCCAUCAAUUACUGCUUCUUGUCCUUUCUAUUGUGUUCUCCGUCAUCACCGGAUCGUGUAUCGCUUUCCGGAUCUACUCUAGGGCUCAUGUUGUUGGAAAGAUAUUUUUUUGGAGGAUGGUAGGUCAUGAAAGGUAUUCGACAGUCCUUCAAAGAGACUUAAUAAUCGCGUCUAGUGCUCAUAACGAUUGGUGCAGUAAGUCCAUUCAAUUUGUAUGGAUCCAAGCAGGACGAAGACCUGAUUCUUGACUACACAGUUCCUGGCCAUUGUCCUGUCAGCUACGUAUGCCGCAGGCAUGCAGCAUGGGAAUGUUGGAGUCUCGAAUCCAAAACUUGUGCUGAUAGACAUAACAGGUGCCUUUCAUGGGCUCGGAACGCACAGUAAGUCUUCUGAGACGCGAAUCCCUUGUAUCGAGAUUGACCACGGCCUGUAGUAUAGCAAACCAUUGCGCACCCUAGUGACUUCAUUCUGGUCUACAAGGUGUGCCACUAGCCCAAGUCAAGCCAUCAACUCGCGCUGAGCUAAUGACAUGUUCGCAGCUCGCAUUCGUGGUCACCAUUCCAAUACACCGGGCCCAACUUAUUCGUCAAGUGCUCAUUUCUGGCGCUUUAUCUGAGACUCGACUCCAGAACACCGAUGCGCUGGGUGGAUACUUACUAUUCAUCGUGGAAACGGCACAAUUCGCCGCCAGUUGCGUGGUAUUGGGUCUAGCAUUUAUUUCGUCUGAGCACCUCCUUGAUGGUCAAGCGCAUUCCAUUGUCGGCUUGGAUGCGCUCCAAGACUUCUACAAUGCCAAAGAUAUUCUAUGUUCGCCCACCUCGGUGGCGAUAUACAUCACGACGAUGAUUCUCUUCUCUCUGUCGACUUGA